CGACAGAGUUGAACCGUCCAAUUGACAAGUAGAAAGUAAAUUUUACAAUUGGAUUCUUUGUGUUUUUGACUAGCAGAAUAAAACUAGAGAGUUACAAACUUUCACCCACCAAAACACUAAUUGAAGUAGUUAAUUUAUAAAUUUAAUAGUUUGUAGCAAACAGAAUUCAAUUAAAAGGGUAAAUAUGGCCGAUGAGCAGAGCAUGGUGGAUGCACAGAAGCAAUUCGCUGAUGUGGACAUAAAUAACGGCAGUGUCUCCGGAGCAGAAGACGACGAGGAAGAGGAAGUGCCAGCGCCUGAUACUGUGAACAAUGAUUUAUUUGUCGUAACACCGAGUAGUGAAAUACAUCGCCGGAUUUCUUCAAGCAAUCUCGAAGAUGUGCUGACAGACAAUGGCGACUAUUUCAUUGAAGUCUUAGUGGCUGAGCCACAAAAAGUAGGUGAUGGAAUCGGUUCAUACCUUACAUAUAAGGUGACAACGAAAACAAACAUUCCGAAAUUCAAAUGCACAGAGUUUAGUACAAUGAGACGAUUUAGUGACUUUUUAGGAAUACAUGAUGUUUUAUCAGGAAAAUAUACAAGACUUGGUAGAAUCGUCCCACCAGCACCGUCAAAAAAUAUAAUAGGCAGCACCAAAGUGAAAAUGAGUCCACAACAAACUGAACCUGGUGCACCGCGGAAUGCUGAGUGGGUCGAAACGCGUCGAGCUGCUUUGCAACGUUAUGUGAAUCGCACUGCUCAACAUCCAGUGCUUCGGGUUGAUCUAGAUUUCAUCAACUUCUUGGAAAGCGAUCAAGAGCUGCCACGCGCGGUUAAUACAGCCACGCUGAGUGGCGCUGGUGUGAUGCGUCUUUUCAACAAAGUUGGCGAAACAGUAAAUAAAAUUACCUAUAAAAUGGAUGAGAGCGACCCUUGGUUCGAUGAGAAAAUUACUGAGGUGGAAAAUUUGGAUGCAAAUUUACAAAAAUUACAUUCAGCGCUCAAAUCGCUUGUUACCACAAGAAAGGAGUUAUCCGCUCUUACUGGUUUGGUCGCCAAAUCUGCGGCCAUGUUGAGUACGUGUGAGGAACAUACUAGCCUUUCUCGUGCGCUUUCUAAUUUAGCUGAUGUGGAAGAAAAAAUUGAAUUACUACGCUCCGAGCAGGCCAAUUCAGAUUUUUUCAUUAUGGCCGAAUUUGUAAAAGACUAUAUCGAUCUAUUUGGCGCUGUUAAAUCUGUAUUUCAUGAACGAGUGAAGGUAUUCCAAAACUGGCAACACGCACAAUUACAAUUGUCAAAGCGACGAGAGAAUCGGGGGCGUUACGAACUAGCCAACCGCACUGAUAAGCUGGAGCAGGCCCAACAGGAAGUCGAAGAGUGGCAAACCAAGGUUCAACGUUGCCAACAGCAAUUCGACGAUAUAUCGGCGGAAAUUAAAAAAGAAAUGGAACGAUUCGAGGCGAAAAGAAUACGGGAAUUUAAAGUCGACACCAUGAAAUACAUUGAAGAUCAAAUGGCUCAUCAACAACAGAUUGUAUCAUACUGGGAAACUUUUAUACCCACUGCACGAGAAAUUGUUUAAAUAAAACUAUUUACAUACUGUACGAAACAACCGCUUAAGUGCUAAGAUGCAGAAAAUCCUUUUUAUUAAAUGUCUUUGGAUGAACAAACAGCAUGUACCACGGCGCAUCUAAGAAACACACUUUUGCUUAUUCGUCUGCCGAUACGAAUGCUUUAAAACAAAGGCAAAUGUAGAAGGGCAACGGAAAUUCUGCGUAUCCACGUUCCACAAUGUAUUUUCCAUUAAAAGUUUAACAUUUAUUAUUAUUAUUUUUUUGUAAAGUAUUCAAAGUUUUCUAAUUGUUAACUACAACAUAGACUUCAACGUAAUUAUUAACGUUUUUAUAGGAUUAUUAUUGAUUGAAGUGUAUGAUUAAUCUAUUUUUUUGGGGAGGACCAAAUAAAAUUCAGAAUAUAUAAAAUAUUGCAAUACCCUGAUGUGGGCAUAAAUAUGUUAA